CGAGAUGACGCCGCGCCCCGCGCUGCUGCUGCUGCUGCCGCCGCUGCUCCUGGGGGCGCUCCCGCCGGCCGCCGCCGCCCGAGGUCCCCCAAGGAUGGCAGACAAGGUGAGCCCACGGCAGGUGGCCCGGCUGGGCCGCACCGUGCGGCUGCAGUGCCCAGUGGAGGGGGACCCGCCGCCGCUGACCAUGUGGACCAAGGACGGCCGCACCAUCCACGGCGGCUGGAGCCGCUUCCGCGUGCAGCCGCAGGGGCUGAAGGUGAAGGAGGUGGAGCGGGAGGACGCGGGCGCCUACGUGUGCAAGGCCACCAACGGCUUCGGCAGCCUCAGCGUCAACUACACCCUGGUCGUCAUGGACGACAUCAAUCCUGGAAGGGAGAGCCCGGGGCAGGACGGCUCCUCCGGGGGCCCUGAGGAUCCAGCCAGCGAGCAGUGGGCACGGCCCCGCUUCACGCAACCCUCCAAGAUGAGGCGCCGGGUGAUCGCGCGGCCGGUGGGCAGUUCUGUGAGACUCAAGUGCGUGGCCAGCGGGCACCCUCGGCCGGACAUCAUGUGGAUGAAGGAUGACCAGGCCUUGACACGUCCGGAAGCUGGUGAGCACAGGAAGAAGUGGACGCUGAGCCUGAAGAACCUGCGCCCGGAGGACAGUGGCAAGUACACCUGUCGCGUGUCGAACCGGGCAGGUGCCAUCAACGCCACCUACAAGGUGGACGUGAUCCAGCGGACACGCUCCAAGCCGGUGCUCACCGGCACGCACCCCGUGAACACCACCGUGGACUUUGGCGGCACCACGUCCUUCCAGUGCAAGGUGCGCAGCGACGUGAAGCCGGUGAUCCAGUGGCUGAAGCGGGUGGAGUACGGGGCCGAGGGCCGCUACAACUCCACCAUCGACGUGGGCGGCCAGAAGUUCGUGGUGCUGCCCACCGGGGACGUAUGGUCACGGCCGGACGGCUCCUACCUCAACAAGCUGCUGAUCGCGCGAGCCCGCCAGGACGACGCGGGCAUGUACAUCUGCCUGGGGGCCAACACCAUGGGCUACAGCUUCCGCAGCGCCUUCCUCACAGUGCUGCCAGAUCCAAAGCCGCCAGGGCCACCCCUGGCCCCCUCAUCGUCCGCCCCCAGCCUGCCGUGGCCCGUGGUCAUCGGCAUCCCGGCCGGCGCGGUCUUCAUCCUGGGCACCGUGCUGCUGUGGCUCUGCCAGGCCAAGAAGAAGCCGUGUGCACCUGCGCCUGCCACCCCUGGGCCCGCCCACCGCCCGCCCGGGCCCGCCCCAGCCCGCGGCGCCGACAAGGACCCACUGGCGCUGCCAGCCCCGGGCGCUGCCUCUGGCACGGGGCUGUGUGAGGAGCUGCUGGCCCCGGCGGCCCCCUUGCACCUGCUGGGCCCCUGCCUGGCGGCUGGCCCCAAGCUGUACCCCAAACUAUACACGGACGUGCACACGCACACGCACUCACACACACACACGCACGCGCACGUGGAGGGCAAGGCCCACGCGCAGCAGCACAUCCACUUCCAGUGCUAGGGGCCACGCACAGCGGCCACACACGGGGCAGCGGGCACAGGCCAGAGGUGCGGCAGUGCCCCAUGCCUUGUGUGAAGCACACACACAGGCCUGGACACACCCCCAGACUCACACAGGUGUGGGUGUGUGAUGGAUGCGUGUGCACAGCCGUACACCAUGUGCACAGCCCCCGCGGUGGACACACAGAUGCAGCCACACCAGACACGGCCACACACAGACGCGGCCACACACAGACAUGGACACACACAGAUGCGGACACACAGACAUGGACACAUAGACGUGGCCACACAUAGAUGCGGCCACAUACAGGCGCAGACACACAGACAUGGACACACAGAUGCGGCCACACACAGACACGGCCACACACAGACAUGGACACACACGGACACAGACACAGUCACACACCAGCUCAGGCAGACACGUGGGCAUGCACAUAGCACAGACGGACGCACAGCAGGGACACAGACGCGAGUGCUGUGGCUGACCCUUCCUGCCAGGACAUAUGGUGGACGCGUGUGGAAGGACCGGGCUGGUGACUCUGCAGUUGGCAUGUCAUGGUGGCUGCUUUGUGACGGGUCUGGUGGCCCCAGAGAAGGAUUUCGAGGGGCUGCUGUCUCCCCCACUGCCCGGUAGGAGCCUGGGGGGGCGUCUGGCUCGGCAAACCAACACCCCCUGCCCGCGCAUGUGUGCUGUCCAAGCCUUGCAGGCCGCUGGCUAUUCUUGCCCACCAGGCCCGGGGUCAGGUGGCAGCUCCAGGCCCUGGCCUGCAUCUAGGGCCCAGCCCCGGCCUCUGCUGCCAGAGAGGAGGGUCGUUGGUAUUUAUAUUUAAGAAAUUAAGAUAAUAAUAUUAAUAAUGAUGAGAGGGGGGCUGGGCCAUAGAGCCCUGGCCGAGCCCGGAGCCCGGGACACGCCUGGCCUGGUGGCCACACUGAAUGUCCACCUUAGGGCCACUGACCCAGGGCCCAGAUCUCUGUAUUUUAUAUAGAGUUUGAGCUGAAGCUUCGUAUAUUUAAUUUAUUUUGUUAAACAAGAAAAUGUGCAUCUUUUUCCUCUAAGCCAGUGUUUCUGUGUGUGUCUUUGCAGCUGUGUGCGUGGCUGUGUGUGUGCACUAUGUAUGCAGCUGUGUGUGAACGCACCUGCUGCCAGGGCUGGGGUCCAGAUUGGGGUGCAGAGCAGGCUCAUUAGCACCCUGGACAGAGCAGGGUGCCCAAGUUGGGAGCUGCCUUACCUGCGGGGGCCUCCUGGCUAUCCCACACCAGCAUGCCCUGCCCAGUGCCCCUGGGCAAGGUCCCCUGAGAAGGGCCAUGU